UGUGUCAUGUACUUGGAUGUUUUUAUUUGUUCUUGUACUUGAUUAGCGUUUAGAAGUUGUUCUUUGUUGUAUUGUUAUUUUGAUAAGGACUAUAAUUUAAUUUUAAAAUAAUUUUGUGAAUUUUUUCACAAUGAAACGGAUAUGUAUUUUUUUAACACUGUUCUUUAUAGUGAAUGGUGAAAUAGAUAAAGUUUUCCAUUAUCAACCGGAGCAGGUGCAUUUGUCCUUUGGAGAAACUACUGAUGAAAUUGUAGUCACUUGGUCCACACGUGAUGAUGCUGGUCCAUCUCUUGUCGAAUAUGGUAUUCAUGGUUUAGCCCUUACGGCAGAAGGCACAUCACAACAAUUUAUAGAUGGCGGUGAUAAGCAUAGAUCUCAAUUUAUUCAUAGGGUUAAAUUAAAAAAUUUACAACCAAACUCUACCUACGUAUAUCAUUGCGGAGGUCAUCUCGGUUGGUCAUCUCAGUUUUCAUUCCGUACCGUCCCAUCUGGGGCCGAUUAUUCGCCCACCGUUGCAAUUUACGGCGACAUGGGUAACGAAAAUGCUCAAUCUUUAAGUCGAAUUCAGCAGGAAACACAACGUGGUAUGUACGAUGCCAUUGUACACGUUGGUGAUUUUGCUUAUGAUAUGAACAGUGAAAAUGCUAGAAUUGGGGAUGAAUUUAUGAAACAAAUUGAACCAGUUGCUGCAUACUUACCAUACAUGGUUUGUCCAGGGAACCACGAAGAAAAGUUUAACUUCUCGAACUACCGGGCACGAUUCAGUAUGCCAGGAAACACAGAUAAUAUAAUGUACAGUUUUAAUUUGGGCCCUGUACAUUUUAUUGGCUUUUCAACUGAAGUUUACUAUUUUCUUAAUUAUGGACUUAAAAGUCUUGUAUUCCAAUACGAAUGGUUGGAAAAAGAUCUACAAGAAGCCAAUAAGCCAGAAAAUCGAGCUCUCCGUCCUUGGAUCAUAACUUUUGGACAUCGACCAAUGUAUUGUAGCAAUGAAAAUGACAACGAUUGUACGCAUUCUGAAACAUUGGUUCGCGUUGGUUGGCCGUUUGUGCAUUUGUUUGGCUUAGAAGAUCUAUUCUACAAGUAUGGCGUAGAUGUUGAGCUUUGGGCUCAUGAACAUUCAUAUGAACGAUUGUGGCCAAUUUAUGAUUAUAAAGUCUUCAAUGGGUCAACGACGGAACCAUACAGAAAUCCUGGAGCACCUGUUCAUAUAGUAACUGGUUCUGCAGGUUGUAAAGAAGGUCGUGAACCUUUUGUAUCUAAAAUUCCAGAAUGGAGUGCUUUUCAUAGUCAGGAUUAUGGAUACACUCGCAUGAAAGCACACAACGGAACGCAUUUGUAUUUUGAACAAGUCUCUGACGACAAAAAUGGGGAAAUUAUUGAUUCAUUUUGGAUUAUCAAAGACAAACAUGAAAGUUAUAAGCACUAACAUUUUGUGAAAUAUUUAUUUUAUUUUCAAUCACGUAUUUAUAGAGGCAUUUAAACCAAAUAUCAAUCUCACAUUCCAAUUGUUAUCUGAAAAAAUAAUUGUAAUGCUUAACAAAGAGCACAAGUAAGAUACUUAAACAAAUUUUGCAACAGUUUUCUUUUACACAAAUUAAAUAAAUAAAGGUUAAAAGCAAUAAAUUUUGUUAAAACAAAUUAAAUAUAUAAAUGUUUAUUUUAUGUA